UAAGGGAUCAGACUGUCGUAUGAAACUUUAAAUGCAUGUGUUCGAUCCUGAGCAGGAAAGCAUCCAGUUUUUUUGAGUUGAUAUUUCGUAACUUGCAUUCACAAACCUUAACAGACUUAAAUUAUUAUAUUCGAUUGAAAAUGGAAAAUACAAAAAAAGAGCGACAGAUUGUUGUAUGCGAAAAAUGUAAAAAUAGAAAGGAUGUGAAAGAUACUAUUCUAUGCUCACGUUGUAAAAGAAAUUACGAUUUUGAUUGUAUGGGUCUAUCAGAAAAACUAUAUAGAUUAAUGGAACCCAAAAAAAGAUUGACCUGGAAGUGUACUUCUUGUUCUAUGAUCAAUAAUAAACAUAAAGGACCAAUACCUAACAAACUUCCUAUGCAAAAAGAAACAGAUAAAAAUAUUACUCUGCGUAAAAAAACAGCUACAAAACCAACCGUUUCACCUUCGCCUAUAACUAAGUCAAUGGUGACGUCAUCGGCUCAGUCAUCUCCACUAUUUGGAUCCUGUAGCAUUGACGAUGAAGAAACAUAUGAAGACACGUCUACGGAAACUAUGUCUAAAAGUGUAGAUUAUUCAGCAAUUAAAAUAUGCGAUAUACAGGACAUGAAAGAUGAAAUAUAUGAACUAAAAACAAAUCUCUUAAGUACACAAACAGAGUUGGAAAAUACGAUAAUAGAAAACAAUGAAUUUAAAAGAGAAAUAAACAAAUUAAAUAAGGAAAUAGAAACACUAAAAAACAUUUGUCGAACACCAAUAGCUAAGAAGAAGGGUGGGACUUCGGGAAUUAAGAGCGCGCAUACAUUCACUCCCUUGACAGGUCAGAUGCCGAGGCGUAUAUCAUGCUCGAUUAUCAACACAAAUGAUUCUGGGGAAAAUGACUGUGACCUUAUAAUUCGCUUACAAAAAAAAAUUGACGAAUCGGAACGAAACUUGAAGAAAGCAAAAGAUGAUGUAAUUAAACUAGAAAUUCAAAUAAAACAGCUUGAAAAAAACCUUGCUCAAGAAGAUAAAAAACAUACUAAAUAUCCUGAAACCUCAAUGAACACAAUAGAGAUAGAUAAACAUCAAUCUAUUAAAAAGAAUAUAUUCAUAGUAGGAACGCAACAAUGUGCAGGUUUGGCAGUGGAAUUGAAGAAAACUAGAUAUAACAAAAUUCAUGAAGACUACCAAAUUUCAGCAUUUAUUAAACCAUUCGCUCCCACGGAAGAAAUUUUAAAAACAUGUACUAAUCUAGAGACAAACAUAAACGAUAAGGUGAUAAUCUGUGUAGGUGAAAAUGAUAGUGACUCUAUUGUAUCUAUUUCAGAAUUGUAUAAUGUACUAAAAUCAUUACAGCGUACCACUAUUAUUGUAAUGAGUAUAUUAGAUAGUAAGCACUUAAACACUAAAUUAUAUAACAAGCAACUACAAAUAAUAUAUAAAAAGUUUAAAAAUUGUCAUUAUCUUAGCACUGAAUAUUGUUAUUAUAAUCAUCCUUUAAGAAAUAUUUGUUAUAAGAUCAAUCAGUUGAUAGACUAUAUGCAUUAUGAGAAAACAUUUUUGAAUUAUUCAUUCAUUAGAGAACAUAUACGUAGUAGUAAUUGUAAACAGAAAAAAAACCAUUGUUAAAAUAUAAAUUAUCAAUUAUCUAGUGAUCGUAGUGAUCGUGAUGCAUAUAGACAAUCUACUAUACUCGAAUAUUUUUGUCCUAUACAAAAGGAUAACAAAAAACUGGAUUGUAAUCUUUUUCGUGUCUU